AUGUCGUGUGAGGUGGCUGAGUUUGUGGAUAUUGGACUCGACAAUUCAGCCAUUCGUUGGAUGUGGCUUAAACCCCGCCAACGUGGCUGCCACAAAGGAUCGCAUAUUGGAAGGAGUGUGGAGUUUGUAGGUAUAGUACCCGAACCAGUAAACCAUCUCUAACAAACCUGGUUCCCUGUCUGGCUAACUCUAGUCUUCUACUUCUACCAACUCUCGUGUAAGUUGUGUAUAAACUAUAUCGAUCCGUAUGGAAUAUUUAGCAACCCAGCUAACCAUAGACCACCAUCUCCCAACAACACAACUCCUUCACAAACCGGCCUAUCAUUUGUAUCAACACCUCAAUCCUCAAUUCGAACGUAUAG